AUGGCCACAUUGAAUUAUGUAGACAUACCGUCCUACGCGACGCGUCUUCCUUCUAAUCCCCGUGCAGACACUGCUCGACCUUCCCCCAAAGUCAUUACCGCUCUCCCUCGGCCUGAGCUGUCUUCAUCUGCCGCUUCCUCACCAGUGUCGUCGCAGCCUCUGUCCUCCACGUUAUCGCCUUCGAAGCUCGCCCUUAACAGCAUUCCACAACUUUUGCUUUCGUCGACACUUUCCAUUCCUGCAAAUGCUUCAGCCACGCCUCGUAGCAACAGCUCAAUAUCAGGAACGGGCGGCGCAAAGGGUGUUCCCCGCCUCCUCUCGGGGCGCGACCCGCUGUCAAUCCCCAUCACGACCGUCAACUUCAGGCGGUUUGUAUCGAAGGUCGGGCCCGUGUUCUGGCUUCAGGACAGGCUCGAGGAGAUAGUGAUGUGGAGGAAGGGAUCCAAGUAUACUGGCGUUUGGAUGGCAACAUAUGCGUUCCUCUGUUACUUCCCAAGAUUGUUUCUGUUACUCCCAUAUGUAAUUGUAUUGUCCGUAAUAAUUGCGACGCACCCCGCCCUUAAUCAUCCGGAUGAAUAUGAUUGCGAAGAGGCGAAGGCGCCAAUCCCUCCACCGCCACAAACGGCCGAGGGGAGCGUGGACUGGCUGGCCAAUGUCCAGGCUAUCCAGAAUCUCAUGGGCGCGUUCCGGCAAACGUUUCUCCCCGCUCUACAUAAUCUCUUCCGCCGGCUUUUACGCGCACGCCUCGCGUGUCUUGUGGACAACGACCGCCUAGACGACCGGCACUGGCGCGCCGAGCUGCGCGAGGCCGAGCUUUUCGAGAAUGAACGUUGGAACGCGGGCACGGGUACUGGCGCAGAGGACGACGGCGAGUGGGCGAAGGGCCACCUGAAGCCGGGUGAGCGGAAGGCGUGGACGCGCGGGCGGGAUGGGUGGAGCGGGGUCGACGAAGACGGGGCUAGCGAUGUCAGUAGUAAGCUCACGUUUGCGCUGGAGCCGGGCUGGGCGUUUGUUGAGACAGAGGACUGGCGGCCAGACGUCGAGGGCGCGUGGGCCGUGCUUGCGAGCGCGGAUGACGAUGAAGACAUUGAGCUGUGUAUUCGAGUCUUUACCGCGCCUCGAUGGUCGCCUAGUUGCCGGUGGACCAGUGAGGGUUUUGGCUUGAGUUGGUGCCACUGCGCAACGCUGGCCAAGGCGCAUGUUGGCGGGCACGCUUAUGGUCUUGACUGUGUCCCAUGUGGUACUGAGGAUCUUUGGCACUCGAGCCAGUUCAGGCGGUCGACACCAGAGCUCGUCUCGCUGUUAUAUAAGGGGGAUUGGACCUUCAGUGUCUCCAGUAGCGUUUCUAUCCGCUUUCCUCUGCUCAGAUAUUCUUUAUCCUCCGAGUGGAUCGACCCAGGCGUCAGGUCGAUGACAGCUACGACGGAGGGAAUCCCUCACCUGGGCCAUGGGCCCGAAUGUCCUCGGGUUGUUACUGCUCGUGCACUCAGCACUAGUGGUGUAUUGAAUAAGGUGGUGACUGUUUCAGAAUCGGAUUACUUGUUGCACGCCUCUCAGAACAAGAUGAUUCGGUCGGUUGGCCCCGCCAUUGAAAUUAUGGACACACGGAUAUAA